AUGUCCACCAGCAACGCGCCCGGUUUCGUCUCGGGCCUCAAAGCCUUCUUUGACAACCCGCUCUACUCCGAUCUGACUCUCAUGUGCGGCGGCGAGGAGUUCAAGGUCCAUCGCAUGCUCCUUCAUGAGCAGUCUCCAGUCUUCCGCAAAAUGCUCAACGGCGGUUUCGUGGUAAGCCACGCUCCAUCUGCAGCGCGCACUUGUGACUCCGCUGAUAUUAAACAGGAGUCUGUCACCAACCAGAAGGUCAUCAACGUCUUGGACGACCCAUCCGUCUUCCGCACGUUCCUCAAGUACCUCUACACCGGCCAGUACGACGACACCGCUCGCGGCGAAAUGGCGCCACCAGAAUUCGCCAUCUCCAUCUACGCCAUCGCAGACAAGUACGACUUCGAACCACUCCGCAAGGCGGCCGCGCGUAAGCUCGAUGAGACCUGCGACCCCAAAAACAACUCCAAUGACUUCAUCGCCGCAAUCUACGCCAUCGAGGCAAACACUGCACCACACGACAUUUCGCUCUGGAAUGUCGUCAUCCCCAAGAUCAAGGCAAACAUCUCGGCGCUCCUCCAGUCGCCGGACUUCAUGCAGAUGGCCACCCUCGACAUCCCUGAUCUGGCGGCCGCACUGUUUCAGAGCCUCGACCAGUCGAGCGCUGUGGUGUUCCGGAGCAGAGCAAUUGCACUGCCGAAGAUCUCUGACAACAACGUGAGCAAGGUGAAGGAGGAAAGCAAUGUCGAAGACGAGGAGAUGAGUGAUAUGGAGCAGCCUGCUCCGGGUCGGCGUCAGCCUCGCAAUGGCCCGUACCGUGGACAUGGACGUCGUCUCGGCGAUGCCUAG